GGCUCGAGACCAUAGCUCGAGACGAGCAAGUAAGGUAUAAGUGUUAGCACAGCUAGCGCGAGGCUCCGUUCACUUCACUGAGAGUUAGCCGUGAGCUCAUUUUAGUGAGUGAUCAUGGCGGCGGUGCGCAGCCUGCAGGUGUCUGUGAAGUCCGAAAGCGCGUCUGAUCGGUCAGAGUCAGACUCGGAAUCAGACUCGGAUCGAGAUGCCCGGGAAGCGGAACCCAUGGAGGUGGAGGAGGGAGAGCUGGAGCUGGAGUCCAUCCCUGUUCGCCGAAGUUUAAAGGAGCUGUUGCCGGACACCAGCAGACGUUAUGAAAAUAAGGCUGGUACCUUUAUCACUGGAAUCGAUGUCACGUCUAAGGAGGCCAUUGAGAAAAAGGAGAAGCGAGCAAGAAGAUUUCAUUUUCACGCAGAAGAAAAUCUGGCUCCGAGAAAUGUUGUUCUAGACCGGGAUAUGUUGAAGAAAGCAAUCCCAAAGGUGCGUUUGGAAGCCCUACACAUGAGUGGAGUUGAUAACAUGAGCACUCAGGAUGUUUUUGGCUACUUUAAAGAGUAUCCGCCUGCCCACAUUGAGUGGAUAGAUGACGCUUCCUGCAACGUGGUGUGGCUAGACGACAUCACUUCCACCAGAGCUCUCAUUAACUUGAGUCGGAUGCCAGACAAAAAAGAGGUCACAAACACGGACAACUCAAAACCAUCUGAACUUUCCGACCAGCUGCAGAAAGCUCGGCGAAACCGUGGCUCUGAUGAUGAUGAUGAUGAUGAUGAUGAAGAUGAGGAAGGCGAGGUCGAUGAUGAUGAGGUGGUGAAAGCAGAUAAGAGCAGGAGCAGUGAUGGCAGUGAGGGUAAAGCUAGUGACAGUGAGGAAGAGACCGAAAAGAAACCACAGGAAACCGCAGAGACAAGCCUGCUUUCCCAAGCAGAGCGAGAGUCUCUUCUCCAGAAUGAUCUGCGACCCACAGUCAAGCCCUUCAAAGGCAACAAGCUGUUCUUGCGCUUUGCCUCUCAGGAUGACAAAAAGGAGUUGGGUGCAGCCAGGAGAAGUCGGUACUACAUGAAAUAUGGGAAUCCAAACUAUGGUGGCAUGAAAGGCAUUUUAAGUAACUCUUGGAAACGGAGAUAUCACACACGCAGAGUCCAGCGUGACAUUCUGAAGACCAAAAAGUCUCUGAUUGGAGACAGUAUGGGACACACCCCACCUUACACUCAUCGACACUCUGCUGACCUGGUGAAUCUGCCAGAAGAGCCUAUAGAAGAAGAGGAAGAAGAAGAGGAGGAUGGAGAGGAAGACAUGGAUGCUGAUGAUAGAGUGGUGGAGUACAGAGAUCGGGCAGACAGGGAACGGGGGCCACAGCUAGAGGAAGGAGGCCCGUCGCCUGCAUCUUCAGAUUCAGAUGAGAUGGACUACGAUCUGGAACUGAAAAUGAUCUCAACGCCCUCUCCCAAAAAGAGUAUGAAGAUGACUAUGUAUGCCGACGAGGUAGAAACCAACCUUCGCAGUCUUCGAAACUCCGUACGGACUGAAACAAGUAGCAGUGUUAAGAGUCGCAUUGGUGGUGGAGGAGGUGGAGGCUCAUCCAAGUCUACAUCAGACAAAGUGACGGAUGUGAGGCAGUUACUGGAGGAGAAGAGGCAGGGACUCUCUCAGCAGAGAUCAUGUCCCCCAGUGACUACAAGCGGCAAGACGGAUGUGAGGCAGAGAUUAGGCAAAAGACCACACUCUCCAGAGAGACGUCGCUCUGUCUCUCCCGUCAUCUCUAGAAACGCAGUGUCUCGGAGAGAGCCUUUGACUGACGUGCGCAGCCGACUCGGAGUGGCAAAACACGAGAGCCGCAGCCUCUACUCAGAGUCCUCGAAAGACAAGAAAACGGGAGGCUUGUGGAGCCGCCUAGGCCCGUCUCAUAGGGACGAUAGAGACGAUGACAAGACUGCUUCCCGAGCGUCUUCCUCAAGAGGAAUAAGGCGACGAGAUGACGAGGAAUCUGACGGAGUUGAUAACAAUAAAGAGGAUGACUCUCAGCUGCAGAAGAUGUGGGGAGCAAUGAUCAAGCAGAAGGAGCAGCAGUCCAACAAGAUGAAGAAAAGCCGCCUGGACAACUUGCCCUCGCUGCAGAUCGAGAUCAGUCGGGACAGCAGCAACGGCUCGGACAGUGACUCCUGACUGACGACUCCUGUAGGAAGUGUGGGAAUCGGAGGAAUGAUGAACGCUGUGGAAGAGAGAUGGAGAACAUCUCUAGUAGACUGGGCCAAGAGACCCUGACGUGUAUACUUUAACACUCCCACCUCUUGCCUGUCUACAGACUUUGCAGAUGUUUUCUGUAGUCCUCUCUCCGUGAACCAACUUUGAGAGCGCAGAUUGGAUUUUUUUUUGUUUUGUCAUUUCAAAGACAGGGCAGUGGAUGAGUCCCUCAUGUUUUGUUUUUCUUCAAAAGAAAACUAUUUGGUUGUAUUUAACACAAAUUGAGGGCCCAUUUUUAAUAUACAGCGAGCGAUGCACCAGGUUGACUAAAACAGUCCUGUGAUUUGAUGUACUGACUGGAAGCGAUGUGAUUGGAUGUCUGUUAGCAAUACAUUUUUUUUUUUUUUAAUCAUGUCAGUGUGGUUGGUUUUUGUUCAUGUUGCAUUAUUAAGACUGUCAUAUCACUGUGGAUUUGAUGUGGAGAACCUAAUGGUCUGAGAUUUUUGUUUCUCUGGUGCAAGAAUUAUAUAUUUACUGGACCUGAAAGGAUCAGUGCUUCAUUGUACACAGUCCUGAGAGGGGCACAUAAUGUAGCUAAUGUAAAGAUAAUUGUAUUUUUUAUUAUUUUUUAUUAUAUUGAUUGGGUCUAGAAAUUGAUAUUGUACAGCAUGUCAGUGUUCUUAAACAGCAUACGAAAAUCU